AUGCAGUUGACCAACCUGCUCGGCCUGUGCCUCGCCGCCCUGGCCACCUCGGCCGCUGCCAUGCCCCGAAUCGCAGGACCAUACCGUGGUGAUCGCAUCGCCGUGCAUGUGCCCACCAACUCAACCGGCGCGCACAAUGCUACGACAACGGGCACGCACGCGAAGAAGCCGCUAACAACGGGCUCAGCUCACUCAAACGGCACCAGUGGCCGUCACUUCGGCCACGUCCACCACGUGCCCAACCACAUCAAGCACAUUAAUCACUGCCAGGAGUUGUGCUCUUUGGAGUCGCAGACAUGUACAAUUGCCGUCCCGGAUGACGAUAAGUUCUGUUGGAAAACAUAUUUGCGCUGCAUUGACCGAUGCCGGCCGGAAGAUUUCCAGUAG